AGAUAUCGAUGUGGUUCCAGCUCUAAUAGUCGUGGAUUUCGGAACAUUAAUUUGUAUUUUUUGCGUCGCGUCGCCCCAGAAAGUCCAAUCCAACAGCAAAUCGCGCGUUUUCCAAAGAACAACAACCCCGAAAAAUUCGAAAAUAAUAAUUUUCUUGUUUUUUUUUUCUGUUUUCCUGCGGCAAAAAUUCCAAUUUUUUUCGUAACAUCUAAACAACAACAACAAAAAAAGUGCGUGCGCGUGCAGAAGCGAAAAAAACCGAAUAAAUUGUGGGCGAAUCAACAAGCAAAAGAGAAUGAGCGAUGAUGAGGAGAAGAGGCAAAAAAAGCAGAGGCAGUUGUCGUAGUACUAGUACCAAAAAGAAACUGCGAAAACUGCUAAAGUGACAAAAACAACAACAGCAAGUAACGAAAGAGAAAAGCAAAAGAAGGUAAAAAGAAUGAAGGCGAAUAAAAAAUAAGCGCAAAAAUAUACGUCUACAAAAAAGCAGCAGCAACAACUACACAAAAAUUAACUUAAAAAAGUCGUGAAUUCAUCGUUCAGUAUAUAUAUAUAUAUAUGUAUAUAUAUAUAUAAAUCAACACACACACAUACGAAGAGUGAGAGCGAGAGAGCGUGCGUUAUUUAUUUUAUAUUUUCGUUAAUCAUUUUUCGCAUUUUGUGAAACAAGUUGGAAAAGCGACAAUACAAAAUACAGCAACAACAAUAGCAGCAGUAAGCAGUUUGCACCACUUGGAAGAGGUUCCGCCCUCCCCCAAUUCCAUAUGCAAAAUGUCUAGUCCCGACGAUAGAAUACCAAUACACGAUCUGCCAUCAGAAGCCGGAAGCGAUGAGCGAUUGCUGCACAUAACGCCGGCCACUCUGACAUUGGACUUCAAGCCCCAUCCCGCCGUGGAUAUCGAUCAGCAGAUCAUGGAGCUCAAGAAGAGCCAGGAGCUGCAAAAGCAGCGGCUUAUCAACUCGUUUCAGGAGCAAUCGAAGCAAAUGGAAUUGGAGCAUAAACUUCAAUUGGAGCACAAGUAUCAAAAACAACCAACAAACAAACGAUUCUCUCUCGAACUUAUUGUAAUUAUUCAGUUUGCGGUGAAUUCACAUGGCGCUUUCCAGGAAUUGCGAAACGAGAGCAUGGUGACAGCCGCCGCUGCUGCGGUGGCUCAGGAGCAACAUCGCCAACAGUUGCAUCAACAGCAGCAGCAACAUCAGCAGCAGCAGCAGCAGCAGCAACAUCAACAGCAGCAGCAGCAGCAACAGGCACGCGGCAGGGAUGGCAUGAAACUCAAGCAGAACUGUAGUGCCAAUGCCAGUCCCGAGGUCAAACAGAUUCUCAACUGCUUCAUCCUGAGCAGAAAGUCCCAGGCGGCGGCAUCGAAUGGCACAACGACAACGUCGCCCUACAGGAAUCGCGGCGUGGUGAAGAGCUCCUCGGGCGAAUCCCUCCCAGCUGGAACCGUGACCAGUGCGCAUCCGUACAAAAUACCUCAGCCGCCACCCUCACUGCUCAAAUAUGAAUCUGAUUUUCCGCUGAGGAAGACAGCAUCCGAACCGAACCUGCUGAAGAUCCGGCUGAAGCAGAGCGUCAUCGAGCGCAAGGCCCGCAUCGGAGGACCGGCGGGAGCCCGGCGCCACGAACGACUCCUCCAGGCGGCGCAGCGUAGGCAGCAAAAGAACUCGGUUCUCACAAACUGCAACAGUACACCGGAUUCUGGACCCAAUUCACCGCCCUCGGCAGCUGCGUUGGCGGUGGGCGUGGUCGGUAGCCGUGGAUCACCGACAAGUGCACCCAUUCAGGAGGAAAACGAGGAGGGCAGCCAAUAUCAGCCGGGCCAGAGGAGCAGCAUCAACGAUUUGCCAUUGUUCAGUUCACCAUCGCUGCCGAAUAUUUCGCUCGGGCGACCGCAUUUACCCAACUCGGCGCAGGCGCAUGCCCAGGUGAAUGCCCAGGUUGCUGCCCAGGCUCAGGCACAGGCCCAGGCACAGGCACAGGCGCAUGCCAUGUUCGCGGCACUGGCUGCCGCCCAGGGUGGCUGCGGACAGCCGGGCUACUAUAAUCCACUGGGCAUGGCAUUCGUUGGCCGGCAACCAGCACCGCUGGCCAUGAUUCCGGCCACGGGGAUAGCACCGCAGCAACCGUCGCCGGUGGUGCGCAGUGCAUCGGCCACUUCGACAUCGUCGUCGCAGGCCUCGCUGGUGGGCGAUGUGGCGCCACCGCAGGCUCAUGCCGCCUCCACCAUUCUGCCCUCGUCAUCGUCCUACAUGCAGCAACUGGGCAGUGUGGCCGGUUCGGGUGUUAAUCUCCAUGCCGCCGCCGUUGCUGCAGCGGCAGCAGCAGCAGCCGCCGCCGGUUCACUGCCACCGACCAAUAGCCAUGGUCACGGACACGGUUCCCACGCACAUCCACAUCCACAUGCCCAUGGACACGGGCAUGGCCAUGGCCAUGGUAUCUACGCUGGCCACCAGCACAAUGUGCCCAUAACGGACGCCCAGGUGGCGCAGGUGCAUCUGCACAAACAGGGCCAUCGGCCGCUGGGACGAACGCAGUCGGCACCACUGCCCCUUGGACAUCCGAUGCUAACCGGAGCUGUGCAACUGAAUGUGGUCCAAACGCACUACGAGAAUAGUGAGGCGGAGCGCCAGGCGUACGAGCACCAGGUGGUGAACCAGAAAGUCCGCCAGACCGUCCUGACUCGCAGCGGAGCUGCUGCAGCAGCCGCUGCUGCCGCCGGCGUGAGCGUGGUGCGUGAGGCACAGUUGAAGGAGGAGGAUGACGACUCGGCCGCCGAGGUGAUGGACCUCACAGAUAAGAAAAAACCGCCGAAGACGGUGCUAACCAGCACGAUAGCCACCAGUACGUCCCAGAAUCUGCCCGAAGCUUUGGCGGCGGCGGCGGCGGCAGCCGCCUACCGUGCCCCGCACAACGCGUCCAGUAACUCCGCCUCCGCCACAAAGUCCGGUAUUAAGCUGCGGGACCAGGAGUAUUUGCAACAGCAGCGGGAGCAACUAUUGCUCCUUCAGCAGGAGGAGGAACUGGCGAAGAGCCUAAUGCGUCCGCUAUCGCGAACGCUUAGCAGUCCGCUGGUGCCGCUGGGGCCACAUGGUCUUAGUCAGAUUCCCGACACUGGACAACAGCCGGCACCGAUAGCCACAUCCUCGUCGGCCGAUCAUAUACCGCCCGUUAACCUCUCGCUGCCGCAUCGCCAGCACCGCCAGCUAAUGAGCACACUAUACGCCAGCCAAUUGCGUAACCACCAGCCAUCGGCGAGUGGUUCACCGCCGCACAAGGUCACCACCGGUUUGGCCUACGAUCCGCUUAUGCUGAAGCAUUCGUGUAUUUGCGGAGACAAUGCCCAGCAUCCGGAGCACAGUGGUCGACUGCAGAGCGUGUGGGCACGGUUAAAUGAAACGGAUCUGGUGAAGCGUUGCGAUCGCCUGCGCGCUCGCAAGGCGACACAGGAGGAGCUGCAGACUGUGCACACCGAAGCGCAUGCCAUGCUCUUCGGUUCGAAUCAGUGCCAGCUCAGCAGGCCCAAGUUGGAAAACACGUUGUCGGCCAGCUUUGUGCGUUUGUCGUGCGGCGGCUUGGGUGUGGAUCUGGAUACCACGUGGAAUGAGCACCAUACGGCAACCGCUGCACGAAUGGCAGCCGGUUGUGUUAUCGAUUUGGCACUGAAGACGGCCAAGGGUGACCUGCGGAAUGGCUUUGCCGUUGUCCGGCCGCCGGGCCAUCAUGCGGAGGCCAAUUUGGCCAUGGGCUUUUGUUUCUUCAAUUCGAUAGCCAUUGCGGCCAAGCUGCUGCGUCAGCGGAUGCCCGAGGUGCGGCGCAUCCUGAUCGUCGAUUGGGAUGUGCAUCACGGCAAUGGCACACAGCAAGCAUUCUACCAAAGUCCCGACAUUCUAUAUCUUUCCAUACAUCGACACGAUGACGGUAACUUCUUUCCCGGCACAGGUGGACCCACAGAGUGCGGCUCCGGUGCUGGUCUCGGCUUUAACGUGAACAUCUCAUGGUCUGGGGCACUUAAUCCGCCACUGGGCGACGCCGAGUAUAUCGCUGCAUUCCGUACCGUUGUGAUGCCCAUCGCGCGGAGCUUUAAUCCGGACAUUGUGCUGGUAUCCUCCGGCUUCGAUGCGGCCACCGGCCAUCCGGCACCGCUGGGUGGCUACCAUGUCUCUCCGGCCUGCUUUGGGUUCAUGACCCGCGAACUCCUUCAGUUGGCCAACGGCAAAGUGGUGCUGGCCCUCGAGGGCGGCUACGAUCUGGCCGCCAUCUGUGAUUCCGCCCAGGAGUGUGUGCGGGCGCUGCUCGGCGAUCCCGCUGCUCCCAUUGCCAAGGCCGAGCUGGAGCGCCCGCCUUGCCAGAAUGCCAUCAAUACGCUCCAGAAGACGAUAGCCAUACAGCAAACGCAUUGGCCCUGCGUGAGGAUGCUGGAGCACACGGUUGGCUUGUCUGCGCUGGAGACGCUCAAGGUGGAGCACGACGAGUCCGAGACGAUCAACGCCAUGGCUGGCCUCUCGAUGCAGUCGAUGCACAGAACUCUAUCCCGCGAUGAUUCCGAGGAGCCGAUGGAUCAGGAUGAAACCAAAUAGAAGGCGAUGCAGACGUAUAUUGCGGAAGAGGAGGCGGUGGGCGUGGCGAGGUUUUUGUGGACCUGGUAGAGUGGGAAUGGCAGGAGGGGGCGUGGCCGCAAGCUGCUCAAUGCACAUUUAGUUAUUUGUUGUAGUUGAAUUGAUUGUUGUUGCUGUUGUUGUUGUGGCGCUCGCUUGCAAUUGUUGUCGUUGUCAUUGAUCGUCUAUAGCCACAUCUAUCUCUCUCACUCGAUCGAUUAUAGCAUCCCAAUUCCCCGCCCCGCCAAAAAAAACAAAAAGAAGAGAAACAUCGAAAAUAUAGGGGAACAUGUCUAAAAGAAGCAGAACAGGGCCUAAAGUUCAAAAUGGUGGCUGUGCCUCCAAAAGAAGAAAUAAUUAUAAUAAUUAGAAAAGAAUCCUUUCAAAAAAAAAGGAGAUUUUAUAUGAAUAUAUAUAUAUAUGAAUAUAUAUGUAGCUUAAGCUCAGAAUUUAGUUGUAGAAGUCAUCGAGAUUUUUUUUUUUUGUUUUAAGGUGAGAGCAGAGGUAUUUUAACGCACACACAAACACACGCAACUCAAUGUAUCUUAUUAUUAUUAUUUAAGUAAGUGUGUCAAAAGGAUAUAGAACCACUAACGUACUGGUGAACAUCAUCAGUAAGCUAUAAAGAUAAUGUUUAAAGAGGUCGGGUGCAAGAAGCAUGUGUUUUUUUUUAUAAGGUAAGGUUCAACCUCAAAGUUCCCAAGUCUAGACCCCACCACGCCCACUUAUCCGCCAUCGCUUACAGAGAUCGAGUGGGGAGUUGAUUACAUGUUAUGUAGAAUGCUUUAGUUGAUAAUAAGAUAUGAGAAAAAAAAAACUUAACAACUAACUAGUUGGAUGAAAAGCGAAAAAACUGAGAAAUCUUUUUGUACAAUUUAUAGUUUAGUGCAAGUUUCAAGUACAACAUGCUAUUAUUUAAAGAAUUCUAUAUAUAUACAUAUAUAUAUAUAUAUAUACAAAAAAAAUAUAUAUUGUGCAAUAAAUGUGAGAAAAUGAAAAUCGCCACACAAAACAGAAACUAAAACGAAUAAGAGAAAAUUUGUUGUUAAAUGUUGCCGAGAUCUUAUAUACGUAUGUAUACCUAAUAACUGUUACAAUAAUAACCCUUUAUAUAUAUAACUAUAUAAAUGCACAUGUGUAUUCACCAUGUGUGUAACGAUAACGAUGUUCAACAAAUGUCUGAAAUGAAGUAAAACUAUUAUUAUAUGUAAAUAAAACACAAAAAACAAAGAGAACAAUUUUAAUAAAAAAAAAGCAACAAUAAAAUACAAAAUCAAAGAAAAUAUCCACGCUCACACACACACAUACACACACAAACAUAUAUACGUCCUGGGCAGGACCCGAGAGGCGUGAAUCGGGAAAAAUUCUGAAAUAACCGUUCAAUCGCUAACCGUUAACUGUAAAACCGCUGUAACUGUAUUUGUACUCGUGUACCUUUAGCUGUCUAUAGCCGUCUCUCUCUAACUCGCUACCUAACUGUAAAGGAGCACCUCAAUAACGAAAGAAGAAGGAGCAACAGACAAGGAUCAAAAAUAUAUAGCAAGUGAAAAGGAUGAUGGAAAGAAGGAGGAGGAGGAGGAGAAACAAGAAAAAUAAGCACAACGAGAGAUGGACCGAUUGGCUCCAACUGGAUGAAACAAUUGUUAACAAAACGAAACAGAAACUAAAAACUAUCCUUAAAAAAAAAUGAAAUCACAAAUGUAACUAUUAAUCUAAGCGAAGCAUAUGCCCUUGCCAUUUUUAUUUUCUUAUUAUUCACCUGUUUUCUCUUUUCAAUACAGCAGAUUUUUUGAAAAACAUACUUUUGAACAUAAGCUGUUUCGUAUGCAAGCCACGUAAUUGCUGUUACUUAGGAAUAUAUAUAUACGAAUUUUUCUUGGGUUCCAAAAGCGUUACAAUACGCUCUGUGUUAAAUCUGUGCUUUUAUUUUAAUUUUCUAUUUAUAAUUUGGCAAAUUGGCGAUCUCCCCUUACCUUACCUUUUUUUAUCUUUCCUGAAUUUGUUUUUUUUUUACCAAAACACGAAUUAUGAAGAGGAUUCUACUAACAAGAUGAAAUAUUAUUGUUGCGCACUGCAAAAAAAAGGAAAAAAUAAUGAAUAAUUCCGUAAGCUGAGAAAUAGUUAAAUAACGGUUUUAGCAAAAUAAAAACGAAAUCAAAUAUUUAUAUUUUGUUUAUUGUUGCACAAAUAAGUCCAAGGAACGAGAAACAAGAAACAAUUAAGAGUAAUAUUGUGUGUCGCUUUUUCUAAACGAAAUAAAACAAAGAAAUCGUCAAG